AAUCACUUAGGUCUUCAUAUUCAAAUCCUCCUUUGAAAGCUUUUCUUCAGAUAACUCAUUUUUUCUCAAAAACCCUUCCAGUUUUUUUUUGUCCUUAGUCAUGGGUUUUCGUUUGUUUGGUGCUAUUCUGUCUAAGCCAAUUAUCCAUAAGGCAACCUCAACAUCUUUGGGAGUACCAAAAGGGUUCUUUGCAGUUUAUGUUGGAGAUGAGAGGAAAAGAUUUGUGGUUCCAAUAUCCUAUUUAAGCCACCCUUCAUUCCAGAUGUUGCUAAAGAAAGUUGAAGAAGUGUUUGGUUUUAAUCAUCCUGCUGGUGGUUUGACAAUUCCUUGUGAAGAAGAGACUUUCCUUAAUGUCACUUCUCAGCUGAAUACAUCAUAAGAAAGAAGGUUUUUUUCCUUGAAGAAAAAUCAGAAGUCCAAUGUUUCCCAAAGGAUAUUUAUCUGUUUACAAUGGCAGAAAGAAGAGUUCCGCCUUGAUUGUGUUUAUGCAGACUCUCAUAGCUACUGAAGAAGCUGUUAUUAAGAUCCAUUUUCACCUUGGAGCAGGCCAUGGAAAAGAAGUUGAAAUACAAUGGCUAUUCCUAGAAGUGCAAGCUAACCUCACAGACAAAAAUGACAGUCUGUACAACUUUGACUCAGUGAAAUUCGGCUGUUACAUGAACUCUUGAAUGAGUUAUUGUUUGCCCUCUAAAGGAAAUUUUUUUGGGCAAAUAUUUUUUCUGAAA